UUCAAAAUACUGUAAGUUAAAAAUAUUAAUUUCACAUGUCAUUAUGGAACCCGCAGCGUAUUUUGGCGAUGUUGUAACGCAAAUUUCACGUGCCGUCGAUGAUGAUGAGGAAGAUUGUCAAUUGGAUGAAUCCUUACUACCUGUGUUGAGGUGGUGUCCAUCCAUAAGGCAACAGCUUGAAGCCUCUUCAACCAAGUGUCUCAAGUGUAGUAUCCUAAUGGUUGCAGUUGGAGCAGAAGCUGUUGGAUUUAGUCAAGCUUACCUGCUGCCUGAAGAUCCUGAAAUUUUAGGUGUCAUUGCAAGUGGAAUGAGCAGUCUGGAUAAGAAUAGUUUCAGUCAGAAAGCAGAUUCAGAUAAAACUUGUUUUAUACAUAGAUUGGCAAGCAAUCCAGAAGUGCUUGUGGUAUUGUGCAAGUCAAAUGUGGCCCCUGAGCAAGCAUUUUCGUGGACGCAACAGUUGUUUGAGAACAUUGAGAGCGAAAAUCUAUAUGUAACAGUGUUGUCAUCCAGUCUAGUAACGGAGUACAAGAGCAGUAAACUGGUCUCGGAACUAUCAACUCCAUUCAUACGUGCCCUUCGGUCUUCAGCGUACAAAGCGAAGCCACAGAGCCCAUUCCUGGAAGCUCCAAAUAUGGUGAGCAGCUUACCAGCUGCAGUCCUUAACCAUUGUCAGGUGAACAGCAUAGCAGCUGUACUGUACGUAGCUUUUGUUGACUCACCUCAUGUGGAUGUUGAAUCCAUGGAAGUUUUCAAACCAGUACUUGAAGCCACACCUGUCAAAGAUCUCGUCCAGCCCAGACCAGGUGCAUCGAAACGACUUCAACAGUUUGUAUCAGUACACCUGAAUACAAUAAACCUGUACACGUGACUGACCUUGUGUAGGACACUUUGAAUCUCUUUCCCUCUGCCAAUAUGACAAGAGACUUCACUGCCCCUUCAAUUAAAAUACUCGGCCAACUGGACACAGCACAGGCAGGAAGAACAAAGUAGCAGAGAAUCAUCUUCACAAUCACCUCAUAAACAGACUUGGUAUUAACUGUAUUACAUAGCUAGUCUUAACUCACUGCAAGCUUUAACAGUGUCUUUUUUCUGUGAUACUACUGUAUAUUGUCAUUCAUCAAUAUUUUUGCCCCAGUAGGAAGUAACAUUGGAAGAGUAUAACCAAAAUUAUAACCAGCAAACUUAUAAGGCAGCAGUAUAGCAAAAGGUCAGGAUUAUGGACUGCAACCAUCUAGACUGCCUCUAGCAACCUGCCCUUGGCUUAUAGAGCAGAGAGUUCUAAAUGCCCUACUUUACUUGUGGUUUUUCCUUGUGAAAAUGCUUUUGAAAUGGCACACUCAAAAGACUGAUACUAAAAAUAAUUAUGGAUACUAUCUGUGUGAUUAUUUUAUGUUUAUCAAACUAGGAUAUGUUUUUGUAUUGGAAAUAAAUAUAACUACAAUUACAUUACAA